AUGAUGAAGCCUGGAGCGAAAGGCCAGGAGCGGCAGGGUACGCAGCCUGAUGGGGCCAGAGGUGUGGGGGACUGGAUCAGCGACCACUCAGAGGGGAGAGUGUCAAGGGGUCCUGAAUCCUGGGCCCCUGCGUCCCUGCUGAGCCAGAGGCUGAAGGUCGAGGAGAAGACACUGGAUUUGGAGUUCGAAGUCUUGAGUGUGGGAUUUAACGAGGAGGGCAGAUACGCCCUGCGGCUGUCAGCUGAGAACCACCCCCCACUGCAGGCUGGCUCUGGAGCCGGGGUGCAGCUGCAGGUGGAUGAUGGGGACCUCCUCCCUGCCUGCUCUGCUGUCACUGAUGUCGUUGAGCAGCAGGACCCUGGCCAGAGCCUCACCCUUACCAGGAACAAGUCUGUCUUUACUCUGCCCAAAGGGUUCUGCAAGAAUGAUGGACAGCACGACGCACUGCGCGUGGAGGCGCUGAGGCUGGGCGGGGCCUCGGGGAGGGCGGCGCAGCGGGCCGGCGAGGCCAUCUUCCCCGUCUACCCUCGCCCGGACCGACCCCGCGUGAACUUCUGCGCACGGGAGCGCGGGGAGCGGUACCGCUGCUGCGGCAGCCUGGCUCUGCUCCGGGCCAGCGCAGACCCCACGGCCCGCCAGUGCGGGGGCCUGGCCUACAGGGUGGCCUUCCACGUGCACCGGGCCUCUCAGCCUCCUGCCUCCACCUGCCCUCCCGACACCAGCCGGCCAGAACCAAUGUCACCGCGCCCAGAGCCACAGACGCCCAGGCUGCUGGUGGGUGUUCCCGGGACCCCGGCGGGCUCUGGCAUCACUGCUUGCCCAGUAGUCAUCUUGUUAGGCAAAGACCACAACCCGUACCAGGAGGGCCUUUCUGAUAGAGCGGAUGUGCAGGAAGUGACCGAGGGCCCAGAGGAAGCCCAGAAUACCUCCCAGAAUGUGGACUCUGUUGUCAGCCACCUGGCUCCCUCUAAUAAGGAGGUCAUCACGGUUACUCUCCAUGGAGCCACCAAUCUGCCUGCCUGCAAGGAUGGCUCUGAGCCGUGGCCCUAUGUGAUAGUGUAA